UUAUUGCCUGACAAAACAAAUCGAGCCGUUAAAGUGAACGCACGCGCAGUGCAGCUGUAUUUAUGGAACAAUCAAGAGAAAUUGCAAGUGAAAAUAAAUGAAAUUAACUGUGUUUUAAAUAUUUCAAGAAAAAUGGUUGAAGGAGGUGUUUUAAAAGUUUCCUAUCGUAAACGCUUGUCUAUCGUCCACUAUGAGCCGACCAAUUGUUACGACCAGAUCAUUAAAUUGAUUAUUCAAAGCUUCAACAUUCCCGCCUCACAUGAACGUGCGCUGCUGAUCUCCACCGAAAAUGGCAGAAUUUUUGACAGGCUACUCUUUGACUACUUUCUAACACUUUUCCCCAAUCCCAGCAUCAUUUUUUACAUACGGUAUGAUUACAAUCGCGCAGUGAGCAUUUUGCAAUCAAUACAACAACAACAGCAACAAGAAAUAAAAACGGCAAUAGAAAGUAGUGAUAUUAAUAUGGAGGAGGAGAAAAAAGUUAAUAACGAGUGCGAAGCAGACAAAUAUAAGUUUACACCGGUGUUUCGCAUGAAUUGUUUUAUAUACGAAUAUCCAACAACUAAGAUAAAAGCGGAAAAUAAUAGUAGUAAGAAACAGAAGUCUAGCACUGUGAAGCACUCACCACGAAGCGAGUUCAUGAAACGUGUGAAAAAGCAUUUGCAAAUUGGUGAAUUGAAAAAGCGCACAAGAAAACCGUUGGCACAGGUAAAGCGCAUUAUGCGAGUGUAGAGAUGGGUGUGCAGAGAUGACUGCAAAAAUAAAGCAACAAGACAGAGGCAAAA